GAGAAGUUGUAAAGAAAAAAGCCUUUGUUCCACCUCCACGUUUCAUGAACAUUGAUGAAGCUAGGGAAUUGCACAUACGUGUUGAGCGUCGGCGUGAUCCCAUGACCGGUGAUUACUUUGAAAAUAUUGGUGGCAUGCUUUUCAAAGAUGGUUUCAUGUACAAAGCAGUAUCUUUGAAGUCCAUCAUUGCUCAGAAUUGUAGGGGAUGGAUCUAACCAUCCCACAAGGCCCAAGGAAUAGAAGGCCUGGCCCGGACCAAAGAAAGCGAUGGCUUAGAUAAUCGGUUUAAAAGGUCAGUCUCUCGGCUCUCUUCUAGAGUACCUUGAGUCGACCGACGUCGACUAAAAGGCACCCAGCUCGGCGACCGCUCGGAUGAAUACGGGCCUCUCGGCCCAAUAAGGAAAGCCCACGAAGACGACAUAAGCUAGGUCAAGAACGACACAUCAGAGGACUAUAUAAGGAGAAGGAAGAGGAACGAGAAAGGGAUCCGAAAUCAUCUGACUAACACUUGGCGGCUAGAUUAGGGUUUUCACCUUUACUUCAUCUUGCCGUUAUUUGUACUUUUCCGGUAGCUCAUCGAGUUACCGGCCUCUUCUCUGUCGCAUUCUCUUUACUUCUCUUGUAACCGACUGAACGUUUCUUCCGACCAUAAUAAAAACGUCUUUGUUAAACCCACAUCUCCUUUUCACCGUUUUCCGAUCAAACAGUUGGCGCCCACCGUGGGGCCUCUCUAGCAAAGUAACGUUAGUACUAUGGUUGUCAGCAACGACAGUUCUUUGUCAGGCGAGGACAGUUCUUGUCUAGCAAAGCUCUCGAGGUGAUGCCGGCUCCCGAGGUGACACCUACGCCUACACCAGUGACUCCGCUACCCCCUCCUGCGUCUAUGGAAACCAUCCUGGCACGCCUCGCCCUGCAAGAAGCGGCGUAGAAGGCGGCGGUCGACCAAAUCACAGCUAUAGCAAAAAUACUCGCCCCUAUCGCCGCAAACGCCGAAGCUUCAACGGCGCAGUACCGUCGACACCUGUUCGCCACAGAACGAACCACCAACGUAGCACCUACGCGGGGCAACGACAACCAAAGCGCCGGUAACGACAUCAACGCACACACCGCAAGCGAACUAGCAGCGUUGAAACAGUCGGUCCUUGACAUCAACUCGAAGAUCCACCAGGUGACGACCUCGGCGCCCCAAAUCGAGCACGUACUCGCGGAAUCUCUUCGUACACCCUUCACGCAAAGGGUCACCGGCGUACGGCUCCAGAAGAUGGAGAAACUUCGUCUUCCAACCUUCAAAGGUCUCUCCGACCCUUCUACUCAUGUCACGUCCUUCAACAUAGCGAUGCGACGCGCAAAUCUGACCGACGAAGACAAAGGCGCCGGCUUUUGCCAACUCUUCGUCGAAACCCUAGAAGGACCGGCCCUUACUUGGUUCACAGGCCUCAGAGAAAACUCCGUCGAUUGUUUCCACGACCUCUCAACGGCCUUCCUGAAGAACUAUAUCAUGUUCACUAACCAAGAAACGACCGUGUCGGAUUUGUGGAACCUCACUCACACCAGCGGCCAAAGCCUCCGCGACUUCAUGGAGAAGUUCAAGGCUAUCGUCUCGAAAGUUGAUAUUCCUGACCCUAUCGCUGUCGAGUCUCUGAUGAACACUUUGCACGUUGACUCCACGUUCCGUCAGGAUCUUUACCGAUACCCGACGAAAUCUGUGUCCGACGCCAUCGCUCGCUCGAACAACUUCAUCCGCAUGGAAGAAGACACAAGAGCAAAGUUCGCAAAAGAAGCAGCAGCGAAACAGCGACCCGCCCGAACAAACGACACCCGCCCUGAGCCCCGCCAGCACUCCUCCGGUGGGAAUACCACUCAGAAGCGAGGCUACGUUAGCUCGGUCGGCGACGAGGAAUCGCCAAAAACAGCAGCCGUCACGCGAGAGAAAGCCUGGAACCACUGGGAUCGAGACUCCGCCUCGAAGCAAUCAAAGUCGUCCGAACCAGCGAGUUCAAACUCCGAGGAGCCAAAGAAAUGGUGCCUCUACCACAAAAGGGAUUCCCAUGAUACGAAAGAAUGCAAAGUCCUCAUCGGGCAAUUUUUCGACGGGAUCACUAACGGGACAAUUCAAAUGCCCACCUCUCCAACGACACCGAAAAACACCAAAAGUUGGAGUAAGAACAAGGAGAAGAAGGCACAGAAGUCUCAACAGAACACGGCCCCGAGCGAGGAAAGAGCGAGCCCUGAGCGCACUCCUGUCAACAACGUUGGCUCCGCCAACGAUUCGUCAGAAGACGAACAUCCGCGUCGCCGGCGACGAGUGGAAGUCAUACUCUCUCGCCCUUGUGACUCCUCUGACGACGACUCCUCGACAGUGCAACCAGAUUUACGCGACAAACUGAACAGCAAAGUUGAGCAGUCUCUCACUUCCCCGAUAACAGAUAAAGACCUGCGCACCCUAUUGAAGCGAAAGAGCGCUACGAACGAACACGUAGGAAGCGCCGACCUCCGUGCGACCAUCUCAAAAUCCAGCGCCCGGAGAAUAGGUCAAAACGGCGACCUUCACGACCAGCUCAAUUCAAAGGCCGAUGACCUGCGAAUCCAACUCAACCGUUCGAAAGGGUCCGAUCUGCGACGACGUCUCGAAUCAAAAAAGAAAAAGCCCGCAGAAACUCCUAAAUUCGAGAACACAACUGAUGAUUUGAGGAAGCAACUCGAAUCAAUGCGAGCUACCCGCACCCCGCACAUUAGCGUCAUAAUGGGAGGAUCACCCCCUUGCGGUGACUCAGUUCGAGCCGUCAAAGACUACAAACGACAAGCCACCACCUCCAAGAAGUGGCCUCCUCCAGUCGAAAAUGAUCACCAGAUCACUUUUUCGGCACUAGAUACCAAGGGCGUCCACAUGCCACACAACGAUCCUCUCCUCGUCGACCUCGACAUCGGAGAAUGUCUAGUCGCGAAAGUCCUUAUCGAUACCGGCAGCUCAGUCGAUCUCAUCUUUCGCGACACACUCGACAAAAUGGGAGUCGAUUUAAGAGAUAUGAAGCCUUCCUCCCGCACGCUCACUGGCUUCAACGGAGCCUCGGAGCAAAUGAUCGGAACAAUUCAUCUUCCAGUAUACGCAGGUGGUAUAACCCGUACCGUCAAGUUCUCCGUCAUCCGAGCCAAAGCGCCCUACAAUGCCAUCCUCGGAACACCAUGGUUGCAUUCCAUGAAAGCCGUUCCCUCGACGUACCAUCAAUGCGUCAAGUUUCCCAGCAAAGACGGAAAAACACAGACGAUUCGGGGAGAUCAACAAGCCGCGAGAGAACUGCUGAUCGCAACUGUAAAGAUGCAGCAACAGGCUUCCCUCGUCAACUCCUUCAGUAAACCACUUCACAAGAUAUACCCCCAGAAGGAGGAAGUUCGCGAAGUCGCAAUUGAUGAGUCCGACCCAACGAAAAUCAUCCGAGUUGGCGUCUACCUGUCCGACGACAUAUGUUCAAGGAUCGUCUCUUUCAUCAAAGACAACGCUUCAACGUUCGCCUGGAAGACCUCCGACAUGAAGGGGAUCGACCCCGCAGUUACCUCCCAUGAACUGCACGUCGACCCGACGUUCAAACCCAUCCGACAGAAGCGACGGAAACUCGGUCCAGAAAGAUCUAAAGCAGUGAACGAAGAAGUCGACAGGCUCCUCGACGCGGGUUUUAUUACCGAAGUUCGAUACCCCUAA